AUGGAUUCCUCCACAGCUCAAGUACUCGAUUCGACCCCCAUCUAUAACGUCCCACCAGAAGUCCUGCACCGGAUACUCGCUCACCUGAUCAAACCAUGGGGUUCGCCUGAGAACCUCGACAUUCUUCGCAUCUCGAAAUAUGUGUACAAUGUCGCUCUCCCUCUCACCGUGAAGAGGUUCGAAAAUCCUCUUGGCCUUGAGUAUAAUGACCCCCAAUCAGAGGUCGAAGUGGCAAGGUACCAGAGACGCAACGCCCGAUUUCUACGCUACCUACUUAUCGAGAAGCCCCGACUCGCACAUUAUGCUCAGGAAAUAAGCCUGAGAGAAGUGCAGAUUGAGAGACAGACUGCUCGUUCAUUUGGCGAGCACAGCGAGGCUGACUUGGAGUUUUACGCCGACUUGCUGGUGAACAAGCUAAACAUGAUCAUUCCAUUUGAUUCGGCAGUUGAAUGGAUCGACAGUCUUGGGAAAGGCUGUAGCGAUGCUCAUUUUACCUUUCUGGUCGCUUCUCUCCCUGGACUUUGCACGGUAGCCUACGAUCCCGCCAACAAUGACCAAGAUGCUGAUGCACGGCGAGCCCGCGAGCUAGCUGAAAGCCCAGGCGCUGGCAUCGUACCUUGCUUUCAUACCGCUCUGCUCCCCCUGAGAUCGAUUGAGUUCUCGACCCAUGGACUUUCAUCUCGCGAGAUCUGGCACUUUAGGCCAGACCGGAAUACUUCGAUGAUACAGAAGUUUGAACGAUUACCGCCAAGAGCUUCGUCCAUUGAGAAGAUCUCCUUGUCUGAAUCACAUGUGUCCCAUCGUUUGCUUCAAGCCUUGCUGAACUCGUGCAGAGCUGUGGAAGAAUUCACGCUCAUGUCCGGCUUGCGUGUCCCAGGCGCCAACAUCGCCCCAGAGGUCCGUCCGAGGGAACUGAUCCAAGCCUUCUUGCCUCAUGCAGAUACUCUGGAAUACCUCUGUACCACUUUCGACUGCCACCGACAUCUGAGAAUGGACGAGAUUGUGCUUGGAAAGUCUUUUUUUGGCCGGCAGCUUGCUGACAUGACGGCGCUCACGACCAUUGUUGCGGACAUGGAAUCAAUCACCGGCGUAUGCUUCAGGAAUUUGAGCAAUUGGGCUAGGGUGGUGCAGCAUCCCAAUGAAAUGCUAGAGCUAGAUGAAAUUCCGAGUGUGGCGGAGUGCCUUCCAGCCUCCCUGCAGUACCUUGAACUCCGCAACUGCACCCUGGUGGUUCGCGAACUCAUGCAAGACUUUUUGCAGCAGAUUGGCCCCGGAAGACAGUGUGAGAGCCUGCGGCAUCUUCGUUUGAUCCUCGACUUUUACGAUAUGGGACGCGAAGACCAUCUUCAAUUGUGGUUGGAUCCAACUACGCCUUUGAUAUUGGACCUCGAGUACACGCCAUCUGCGUGA